GGUUACUGGUGGUGAUCUGGUGGUGUUAACAAGCCGUAAUUCAGAGUGACGUGUGCGAUACGUGUCGCGACACAAGCUUGCCGUUGGACAUACGGCAGUUUACGUUAAAUAUUACCAAUAUUAACCGAAAGAUAUAUUAAAUUGUCAUCGUUUUACGGAGGGUCUAUCUAAUGAUUAGGCAUUUUUACGCACGCAGACUUGCGCGUGCACAAUCGCAAUCUAUAUAGGAAGUGCAUACUUAUAGUGUGGGUCGUACACAUGAACGUAAUCCAUGCAUUACUGUCCAGCUGACAGUUUAAUUAAUUAAAUUGUAUAAAAAGCGUCAAGUUUCAUCAGUGCACAUGCUAAACGUCGAUCGUUCGAGACACCAUCGCAGAGUAAUUUAUUUUCUACGGAAAUGUGCGUCCGAUGAUGAUUUGAGAAAAAGUUAUUUUCGAUUGACUCGGUGCGUAGUCACGUUCAUAUCUUAGGGUUAAAAGGGUGUUAGUAACUAGUAAUUUAAAGUUACGACAAACAGUAGAUUUAUUUGUCCGUGAUUGAAAUGGAAUUAGUCAUCAGUCGAUAGUGACAUAAAUAGAUUUAUGCAGCUUGAUGAUGGUGUGAGGAAGAUUAGAUUGAAAAAUGAGCACUGCUUCCAGUUUGAUUGUUACCAGUGGUACUACAGAGAAUUUUGAAGACACUCUUUUUUACAUGGAUAGCAGGGGCUCAAUGAACUUUACGAACUAUCACAAACGAUUUAAAGGCUUGUUAAAAGAAUACCUGGCCAUUUUAGGGAACAGCAUAAACAUGAAUAAUCAACUGAGAAGUACCAUGUUGGAAAAUACCACUGCCACGCGACGUAUAAAAGAUCCUGUAAAUGGUGCUCAACAAAACAUAGAUGGGAGAAGAUUAGUAACACUGUUCCCAGACGAUUUAAAUAAUUUCAACGACGAGUUUCACAUAGAUUCCGAUCAUCUAACGCUAUGGCAGCAUCCAAUAAUUACGUUGAAUUAUUUUUUUCGGGAAAUUUUUAAUAAUAUAUAUAGUCUAGGACGAAAGGCAUUACAUUAUAAAAAAAUAGUAUUGAAUAUAGUGAUACUAAGUAUAUUGUUUGUGGUAUUGAACAGAACUCCUGGUCCACAUCAACAUAUAUUAAAAGCAUGGGAAACAAAAGUGAUGUGGUGGUUGUAUUGGAUAGGUUUAGGCGUUCUUUCCAGUGUAGGUCUCGGGACAGGCUUGCACACUUUUGUACUUUAUUUAGGACCACACAUAGCGGCCGUCACUAUGGCUGCUUAUGAGUGCGGUGCUCUUAACUUUCCUGAGCCACCGUAUCCUGAUCAAAUUAUAUGCCCGACGACGGUCGAUCCGUUGUGGACAGCAGGAAUAUUAAAUAUCAUGAGAAAAGUACGUAUAGAAGCUAUGCUCUGGGGAGCUGGCACAGCGCUGGGCGAGCUGCCGCCGUAUUUCAUGGCUAGAGCUGCGCGGACUAGCAGACAGAAUAAUAGAAACGAGAAGUUCGAUCAAGAAGAUUUGAAAGAGCUAGAAGCUUUAGAAGCUUUAGAGAAUGGAGAGAAUGUGUCGUUACUAAUACGUCUGAAACUAACUAUGAAACAUUUUGUACAAAAAGCAGGCUUUUGGGGAAUCCUUGCCUGUGCUUCAAUUCCCAAUCCGUUGUUUGACCUCGCGGGCUUGACAUGUGGACAUUAUCUGAUUCCCUUUUGGACGUUCUUCGGAGCUACACUUAUAGGGAAGGCAAUUAUAAAAAUGCAUAUUCAACAACUUGCAGUGAUCAUAGCUUUCAACGAAGAGCUUCUAGAUAAAUUUAUAAAACUCUUAGCGAAUGUACCCGUCAUUGGCUCGAAGUUUCAAGAGCCAUUAAAAAAGUAUCUUAUCGAACAGAAACAGAAGUUGCACGACAAGUCGUCGAUGGAUGGAUCGACGACGAUCUCAUGGCUGUUCGAUAAAUUCGUGAUGUUGAUGGUAUGUUACUUCUUAGUAACGAUCAUCCAUGCGUUAGCAAGAAAUUACCAUCGUAAGCGAUCUAAACAAAGUAUUGAUUAAAAUUCGAUGAAUAUAGGACGUGUAAUGUGAACAUAAAAUCAAUUAUAAACGUACAGAUGAAGUUGCUAUUACAGUGAAGUAUAGUUAAGGUACUAAGGAUAAUAAUAAUUAUAAUAUUGUGGUCAAAUUUUCAAACUGCACAAUUUCACUUUUACAAACAUAAAUAAACCGUGAGGAACGAAGUACGAAAGGAAAUUAAACAUUUUUUUUUAAUUCUAAUUUUCUAGGAUGCUUAAAAAAUCGUUGGAAACGCUUUGCAAUUAUAUAUAUACAUAAUAUGUAUGUAUGUAUGUAUGUAUGUAUGUAAUUAUCUUUGUAUUUAUGUAUAUAUGUAUGUAUCCAUACAUAUAUGUUUAAAAAGAUUUUUAUGCAUUGAUGUAACAUAGCAUGGACGUUUUUACUUUGCAUAAUUCUAUCAAAAUGAUUUUUCGUGAUUUCAUAGAAAUUCUUUAAAGGAAGGAUUGUUUUUUUUAACUAUAUAUAUGUUUCACUGAUCGUGGGCACUUUCUUUUUUCCAUAUCAUCGUGCAUUUAUAAACUGGAUGUAAUAUCUGUAAUUUAGGAAUAUUUUCGAAACAAAGAGAUACAUAAAGUAAUGGUAAAAUAUCUGUAUCGAUGUAUUCAAAUCUUGUUUGUAUUUUCGUCUAUUCAAGGUUUCUAUAAAUAGUCCUGGCUUUCAUCGGUUCUAUAUUGAUACUCUGUUUGGCAAAUUCUAAGAAGGCAGUUUAUUUCGUCGUAAUAUAUAUUAGGUAUCUAAUAUCUAUUCCAGUAUAAAGUGUUUCAAUCAGUGUUUGAGUUUCUCUGAAAGAGUUCCAGGUACAAAUGCUUUUUUAAAAUAAUAUUUUUUUCCAUAAUAAGAUAAAGACUCGAUGUUGUGAGUAUUAUACCUUUAUAAGCGAUGAGAAUAAUCCAUUUUUAAUGUAUUUUAUAAAACCGAUUAUGAAUAGAGAACAAAGACGUCUUUUUUCAAUCAGGAUAAUAUAAUUAUAAAAAUACAAUAGAUAACGUUCAAAUAUCAUUGUAAAUAACGGAUGUACAGAAAUUAAACGAACAGCGCGUAACAAUAUAUUAAUCUCCAUUGACUUCAUCGACAAGACGAUGUACUGUAUGAAAA